AUGGGAAAACAAGAGCUUCUGAAUCUGAGUCCUCCUGUCCGGCCCCCUCCAUUUCCUUUCUUUUUGCACAGCAUGCAUGUGAAUCCAAAUACGCAUGGCUGUCCUUAUGUAACGACAAUGUCAAGCUUCUCCUCCACCGACACAAAUGUUCUGGCGAAAAAUGCUAUACCAGCUGUGUAUAAUACGGGUCUCGUUCGCGGCAGGCUUCAUCAUUAUAUGCCGCUUAAGGCACGUGAUCUUGGCUUUCUACCCGCAAAAUCUUGUCAACCACCAUCCAAUCUUCUGUCCCAUAAAAUGGACCCAAUAGUUGGGUUCAGGAAAAAGAGAGGGAAAUUGAAUGAUGAGUUUGAAGAAACACAAAAUGGCACGGAUUCUAAAAUUUGCUCCUACCCCCACGAGGUUAAAAUCCCUCACCCCUAA